AUGGUCUUAUCUGGUUCAAAACCCAAGUUCAUUUUCUCCUCCGUUCUCUUCUUCGUCGCUAUUCUGAGCUCAAACGCACAAAACAACAAUCACGAUGCUUUCCAUAUUGCCAUCACAGUAGACACUAAAACCCACCAGUACUAUGGUUCGUUCCAAACCGGAACUCCUUCACACAAUGUCAACCCGUUGAUUGAUCUCGGAGGAAGCUUGGUCUCGUUAUCCUGCAACACCUCCUCCUCCACGCUCCGUUUUGUCCCAUGCAAGUCCACCAAGUGCAAAGACUUAAAGGGUGUCUGUGGCUCAAACGGCGCUUGCACUUUGUCGUCAUAUAACCCAAUCGACAACUCAAUCUUGUCCGGUAGUCUAAGCGAUGACAUCGUUACCAUUCACAAAACGGAUGGCACGAUGGUUUACGCCGACACAAACUCAACGCACUUGGAUAUCUCAUGCGUAAAGUCAAAGAGUUUUAAUGGGAUACUUGGUCUUGGAAGAACGUCAUUGUCGUUGACCACGCGGCUUUCGUCGGCAUUCAAUAUCAUCCCCAAGCUCGCUCUCUGCUUACCUUCUUCGAACGACAAUGGAUUUGGAGACCUCUUUAUCGGACCCGGGCCGUAUAUGUUCGAGGGUGGUGCGGAUGCAUCCGAUUGGCUCCAGCAAACCGGACUCGUCCGCUCGUCCAAAUCCGAUGAGUACUUCGUGGAUGUAAAAUCCGUUAAGAUCGACAAAAGGAUUGUUCAUAUCGACUCUUCCUUGCUCUCCCUCAAUUCAGAAACGGGAGUUGGCGGGACUAAGAUCACCACCACAGCGCCCUACGGCAUUCUCCAUAGCUCAAUCUACAAGGCUGUCGUUGGCGCUUUCGCAAAGAGCGCUGCGGCUAGGAACAUCACGAGAGUGGCUGCGGUGAAGCCGUUCAACGCGUGCUUUAGCGUCAAGGGCGUGCAUUGGACUGAGUUGGGACCGAGAGUGCCUUUGAUCGCUCUGGAACUAUCUGGGAGAAUGGGAAGCGUGAGUUGGAAGAUCAAUGGUGCCAAUUCGAUGGUGAGAGUAAACAAGAACACACUGUGUUUGGGGUUUGUUGAUGGUGGAUUAAAGGCAAAAACUUCAAUUGUCUUAGGUGGGCUUCAGUUGGAGGACAAUUUUUUGGUGUUUGAUCUAUCGACUUCAAUUCUUGGUUUUAGUUCUUCACUAAAGCCUGGAACCUGCUCACAUUUCAGGAAUUUUUAA